AUAUCCUCAUUCGUUCAACAAAAAACCAAUCAUAGUCUAAGAAGAAUCACAAGAUCAUCAUCACAAGAUGAGUUCAACAAUUAGAGCAUGGAGUGUGGCAGCUAGUGUUGGAGUCGUGGAGGCCUUCAAAGAUCAAGGUAUCUGUAGGUGGAACCAUGCUUUGAGAUCUGCUCAACAGCAUCUCAAAAUCCAUCUUGGUUCAUUCUCUCAGGCUGGGAAGCUUUCUUCCACUUCUUCUACCAUGCUCUCCACCAGAUUGAAAAAGCAGAACGCAAAACAAUCAGAAGAGUCAUUCAGGAAAGUCAUGUACAUAAGUUGUUGGGGUCCCAAUUAGGUAGCAUAAGACCGAUAAGAAAGUCUGUUUUUUUUCUUCCGAUUCAAGGAUUGAGGUUUCUGUGACCAUAUUGUAUAGUAAUAGUACUGAAACAUUAAUUGCUGUGACGAUCAUUUUGUAGACUUUGAUUAUCACAGGGCUGACAAUUGCCAAA